CCCUCGGCGGCGGCAGCCGCGUUGAAGGUGUGAGGCGGAUCCCCGGGCCCGCCCGCCGCCGGUCCCGCUCCUCGGGCACCGGCAGUCGUCCCGCGACCUCGGCAGGGAGGCGGGCGGGCCGGGCGGUGGGGCGCUGCCGGCCGGGCCAUGCCGUGGCGGGCGCUGCUCCUCUUCCUCCUCCUCGGCAUCUUCCUUCUCGACUCGGCCCGGGCUUCGGGCGCAGAAGCUUCUCCACAUCUGCCAGCACCAAAGAAUGUAACAAUUUAUUCCUCUAACUUUCGUAAUUCCCUGAGGUGGUCUCCUGUUCAAGUGGAUGGAGGCUCGGUGUCCUAUACAGUCCAGCUUAAAACAGGUGCCUACAACCACUGGAGUGAGAUAAACUGCACCCGUAUUGCCCAGACUGAGUGUAGUUUCCUCCAGUCAGCAAAGGCACGUCGCUGGACAAUUGUUCUGCGUGUGAGGGCUGAAAUGGGGCCAAAGACUUCAGCCUGGGUAGAAACAGACUCGUUUGUGGCAGAGAGAAACACUACUAUAGGGCCUCCUAAAGUAAACAGUGUGAUUGUAAGCUCUGACUCCCUUCUCAUUAGUGUCGCACCUCCUUUUGGACCUGAGGCAGGUUACCUUUUCCAGUAUCAUGUGUCCUACUGGGAGAACACAACAAUUACUACUAAAAAAGAGAUAAAGACAAGCGAUACACUAUUCAAAAUUAAAGAUCUGAAGCAAUUGACACUUUAUUGUUUUACAAUUCGAGUAGAAUUGAUGGCAUAUUUAGAUUUCCAGUUGCUUGGACUGCAAACAGUCCCGGAGUGUUACAGAACAACCAUCAGCGAGGUGGCCAAAGCUGGAUAUAUUGUAGUAAUAUUUAUGUCCGUCGGUCUGCUUUUAAUUUUCAUAAUAGCUGGUUUCUUUUGUUUAUGGAGACACCAGAAAGCAAUUAAAUAUUUGUCCCAGCCACCUUUAAGAAUCCCAUCACACUUUGAAGAGUAUUUGAGAGACCCCAGCACGCCUCAUUUAGAGGUGUUGGAGAGCUACAAUGAAGAUCCCCACGAUUCUGUAACAGUUGUGUAUGCUGGAGAAGGAAGCAGCGCAUAUGGUGACAUGUUGGAUGGUAACACUUGUUCACACAGCAGCUCCAGCAGCCCUGAUGGAACUUAAGGGGCACCUUUGUGAGAACACUUGUAUCCAGUUUUUGCAGAAGCUCCUGCCUCCAAGCGGUGCUGCUCAGCUCCCACCAGGACAGACAGUGAGCUCUGGACAAAGUGCAGCCACUAACAAAUUCUGAGCAAGACUUCCUGAGAAUAAUGUGGAACCUGGGCCUUUUUUAAAGCAGUUUCUGCUGUGCUACAGCAGCAAUAAUAUUCUUUCUGCCACAGACUAAAAAGGUGGAAUUUGAAGGUGAAAUGAACACUAAAUUGCCUUAAAAAAGACAGCUGGCUACAAAUGAUUGUAUCAUCAUCAUAUUUCUCCCUCCUCCCCCUGAAGCCCAGCUUUGAGAAAUAAUGGCACUUUAUUGAGUAUAAUGAGGAAUUUUUAAAUAA